AUGUCAAAUAGUAUCUAUUUUCUUAUGUUGCUUCUUGAGCUCUUGGUUAUUACCAAUAUCCCUUCUCUUGCUCAUGAACUAGAAGAUGAUGUGAUGUGGAAUAUCGGUUCACAAAUCAAGCAUCGCCACCACCAUCACCACGGACACCACCAUCACCACGCUCCACCUCUUCCUGCUCAUCCUCCUCAUCACCAUGCCCCAUCUCCACAUGCCCAUCCUCCAAGACACCACGGCCAUGCUCCUGCUCCUACUCCUCAACAUGCCCAUUCUCCAAGUUACCACGGUCAUGCACCCGUCCCAACUCCUCAAUAUGCUCAUUCCCCAAGACACCAUGGCCAUGCUCCUGCCCCUACUCCUCAACAUGCUCAUUCGCCAAAACAUCAUGGUCAUGCUCAUUCUCCAAAACACUAUAGGCACGCUCCUGCUCCUGCACCUACUCCCCAACAUGCUCAUUCUCCAAGCCAUCAUGAUCAUGCUCAUGCACCUACUCAACACGCCCAUUCUCCAAGUCAUCAUGAUCAUGCUCCUGCCCCUACUCCUCAAUAUGCUCAUUCUCCAAGACAGCAUGAUCAUGCUCCUGCACCUACUCCUCAACAUGCUCAUUCUCCAAAACACCAUGGUCAUGCUCAUCCGCCAAAACAUCAUGGUCAUGCUCAUUCUCCAAAACACUAUGGUCACGCUCCUGUACCUACUCCCCAACAUGCUCAUUCUCCAAGCCAUCAUGAUCAUGCUCCUGCACCUACUCAAUACGCCCAUUCUCCAAGUCAUCAUGAUCAUGCUCCUGCCCUUACUCCUCAAUAUGCUCAUUCUCCAAGACAGCAUGAUCAUGCUCCUGCACCUACUCCUCAACAUGCUCAUUCUCCAAAACACCAUGGUCAUGCUCAUCCGCCAAAACAUCAUGGUCAUGCUCAUUCUCCAAAACACUAUGGUCACACUCCUGUACCUACUCCCCAACAUGCUCAUUCUCCAAGUCAUCGUAGUCAUGCUCCUGCCCCUACUCCUCAACAUGCUCAUUCCCCGAGACAGCAUGGUCAUGCUCCUGCCCCUAUUCCUCAACAUGCUCAUUCUCCUACACACCAUGGUCAUGUUCCUGCACCUACUCCUCAACAUGCUCAUCCUCCUAGACACCAUGGUCAUGCUCAUUCUCCGAAACAUCACGGUCAUGCUCAUUCUCCAAAACACCAUGGUCAUGCUCAUUCUCCGAAACAUCAUGAUCAUGGUCAUGCUCCGACACCUACUCCUCAGCAUGCUCAUUCUCCAAAACACCAUGUUCAUAAUCCUACUUUUCUUCUCAUCUAA